GUUGUAAUUGUAUAUUGUAUCCAUAGUCGUAAUAAAUCUGCUUACCACUUCCCCUACCCUGGUGUUGCUAUUCUCGGUAAUUACCUACAAUUGAUUUUUCUGUUGAUUUUAUUUGUAAUUUUCUAAAUUUUUAAAUAUAUUCUGAUUCUGGGUUGUCUUUUUAUCUUUGUUUUGGUGUUGUCAAAUUCGUAUUAUGAUAUGUUAUGAUUUUUCUGAUACGAUGGUUUUCAAAAUUUUGAAUACAUCCUGUUGGAUUUGCUUUAGUGUUUUCCAUGAGAAAUUCUAGUUGAAAUUCGUAUAAUUCGAUUCCAUUUUUCUGACAAUCGCCGCUCUAUCUAUCCUUUUCCCGCCCUGCCUCAAGGACGGGCCUGAUUAUCAGUUCAUAAUUAGAGAAACCUUGAAAUUUCUGUUUGAUAAUAUCUAUUAAUUUGCAUUCUUUUUGUCCAUAAUUUGUUUUGUCCAUAAUUUGUUUGAUUGAGUUUGGUUGAAUGAGAAUUUGCCCUUUUGACAACAUAUUUGGUAAAUUUAAUCACAUUGGUUUAGCUUGAUAUUAUGGGGGCAGGUCUUAAUUUUAUUAUUAAUCAGAUAUGUCGGAAGUUAAAUUAAUAGUAUCCUCCAAUUACUUAUUGUUCUAUAGUAGGAAUCGCUUUUCUUCAGGAUGCAUAUGUAUGCACUGGUAGAUAGGCUCACCAGUUUACCUGAUGAAUUGAUAAUUCGGAUCCUUUCUUUGCUGCCCACCAAGGAUGCUGGUGUUACGUCCGUCUUGUCUAGGAAAUUGAGGCGUCUUUUCCCUUGGAUUACUAGCCUAAACUUUGAUGUUUCACCUAUAUCUCUUUGUUUGAAACAACCUUAUGCAAUCGAAAGCUACCCCAGUUUUAUCAACUUUGUCGAUACUGUGUUGCAAAGAUACAAGUCUAAGUAUCUCACCAGAUUUAAACUUCAUGUUUGCAAAGUGGUCUUGUUCUGCUGCAAGAAUGGGUAUAAUCAAGGUUGUCUCCCUGACUUGAAAUUCGCGCAUCUUAAUGCGUGGAUCACUUAUCCAUUAACCCUUUGUGGCGGCCUUAGAGAGCUUGACCUCUGCAUUCUGGUGAGGGAACCAGGUGAUGCUCAGUUACCCCCAGCUAUUUUCACAUGUGAAACGUUGGAGGUGUUGAAGCUUAAUGUCAACCUCGGUCUUGAUCAAGUUUCUACUAUGCCAUCUUAUCGUCUUCCAAACUUAAAACUAGUCAUCUUGUCUGUUUCUCUGAUUUCUAAUGAUGGAAUUCUGCCAAGGCUAAUUGCAAGCUGCCCUUUACUUGAAGACCUCACAUUUGACUGCUUUACGUACCAUGUCUACAACAUAGUUAUCACGUCGACUUCCCUUCGAAGAUUGUAUGUAAGAAUGCACAGACUUGGGGAAAUUGAAUCAGAUGGCAGGUUUUUUGUGCAAAUUCAUACUCCUAACUUGGAGUACUUUAAAUACCGUGAUGAUUUAGCAAUGUGUUACUCUAUCCCAAUAAUGCAUUCUCUUGUUGAAGCUUCUGUAGCUUUUUAUGGAUGCUUAGAGAAUGACAAUGAAAUUACAGUUGAAUUUGCUUUUGAGCAAAUGCUUGGCUUCAUCAGAUCCUUGUCUUAUGUUCAACAUUUAUCAUUGUUCGACACUAUAAUGCAGCUCAUGAAGGACAUCGCCUCUGAGGAUGAAACAGUCAUAAAGGAUCAACUGCCCGUGUUUCCUAAUCUGAAACAUCUAGUGCUGGGUUGUGGUAGUUGCAAUCACUUCUGGCAUAACUUGCUGUUGCCCUUCCUCAACAGUUCGCCUGCCUUAGAAACACUUGUUUUUGCAGAGGGACUCAUUGAUAAUUAUGAUGAUAAAUACUGUGAAUUUGGAAGAAAGCAACUGGAGUUGGAACGAGAAUUUUUCAGAACAGCUCGUGAAAUUCCUUUAUGUUGCAGGUAUCAUCUCAAAAGAAUAGUGAUAAAGCGAUACUAUGGGGAAGAACGUGAAAGACGACUGAUCCAGUUUUUCUUGAGACAUGCAUUAGUUUUGGAGGAAUUGGUCAUAUACCCAGUCAGUGAGGUUUCAUUUUCAGAUCGGAUGUUGGUCCAGAACACAUUGAAUAAUUUACCAAAAGCCUCAGUCACCUGUUUGAUUCAAGUAUUAUGAUCACUAUUUCACCAUUGCAGUCCACAAGUUAUCAUCUAUUUAUUGGCACCUACAAGAAACAUUAGAGAUAAUUUUAUGAGUUUGUCCUAAUUUGUUGAAUUUUGGUUUAAUAAUUAUUGAUAAAUGCUUUUCGGGAA